ACCUAAAACCACACUCUGAUCCUUAAACCCUAGCCGCAGCCACGUCUCUCUCCUCCGUUCCCUGCCGUUACCAUCUCCGGUUACCGCUUUCGCCAUUGCGUCUCCCUAUUCCGGUCAUCACUCCACCGUUUUGAUACAUAGCUGCUUUUUUAAUAUUCCAAGAUGGUGAAGAAAAGCAAAAAGAGUAAGAGCAAGAGAGUGCCAUUGAAGAAGAAGUACAAGAUCAUCAGGAAGGUGAAGGAGCACCAAAGAAAAAAGGCCAAGGAAGCGAAGAAGCUCGGAGGAAAGCACAAGAACAAGGUCGAGAAGGACCCCGGAAUCCCAAAUGAUUGGCCCUUCAAGGAACAGGAGCUCAAGGCUCUCGAAGCUCGGCGGGCACGCGCACUCGAAGAAUUGGAACAGAAGAAAGCUGCCCGGAAGGAGAGGGCUCAGAAGAGAAAACUGGGGUUACUAAAGGAUGAUGAUAUGUCAAAAUUGGCUGAUAUGGCUUCAGCAAAAGAACAGGAUUUUGAAGAGGGAAAAGUUACUGAGGAGCCCACGCGAACUGGGAAAAACAAAGAUAACUCAGAUAGGGCUUUCUACAAGGAGUUGGUCGAAGUUAUUGAAGCUUCAGAUGUCAUUUUGGAAGUGCUCGAUGCUCGGGACCCUCUAGGUACUCGUUGUGUUGACAUGGAAAAGAUGGUGAUGCGAUCAGGUCCUAAUAAGCAUCUCGUUUUGCUGCUCAAUAAAAUCGAUCUUGUUCCCCGGGAAGCUGUUGAGAAGUGGCUCAAGUAUCUCAGGGAGGAAUUGCCAGCAGUUGCCUUCAAAUGCAGCACCCAAGAGCAACGGACAAAAUUAGGAUGGAGAUCUAAAUCAAAGGCUGCAAAACCAAGUAACAUUCUUCAAACCAGUGAUUGUCUUGGAGCUGAAACACUCAUUAAGUUACUGAAGAAUUAUUCAAGAAGCCAUGAGAUCAAGAAGUCAAUUACAGUGGGUAUUAUUGGAUUGCCUAAUGUUGGUAAAAGUAGCUUAAUCAACAGUUUGAAGCGAUCCCAUGUUGUUAAUGUGGGUGCUACACCAGGUUUGACAAGAUCAAGGCAAGAAGUUCACUUAGACAAGAAUGUCAUACUGCUGGAUUGCCCUGGGGUUGUAAUGCUCAAGUCUGGGAGCAACGAUGCAUCUAUAGCUCUUCGAAAUUGCAAAAGAAUUGAGAAGUUGGAUGAUGUAAUCAGUCCAGUGAAGGAAAUUCUGAAACUUUGCCCAGCUGAAUUGUUGGUCACACUCUACAAGAUCUCAAGCUUUGAGUCAGUCGAUGACUUUCUGCAGAAGGUGGCUACUCUUAGGGGCAAGCUUAAAAAGGGUGGUAUUGUAGAUACAGAAGCUGCUGCAAGAAUGGUUCUGCAUGACUGGAAUCAGGGUAAAAUUCCUUAUUACACAAUGCCCCCAAGCAGGAAUCAAGGGGAAAAUUUGGAGGCAACAAUUGUUUCAGAGUUUGGAAAGGAGUUCAAUAUUGAUGAAGUUUACAAUAGUGAAUCUUCAUUCAUUGGAAGCCUAAAGUCUGUUGAUGAUUUCCAUCCCGUUGAACUUCCUCCUAAUUCUCCUCUCAGUUUUGAUGAGAAGAUGCUCGAGGGUGAUGUACAACCACAACCAUCAACUCAAGGGGAUCAAGAAGCCAAAGAGAUGAGUGAUGGUGGGGAUGAUGAGUCCAUGGGAGUUGAAGAAGAUGCUGCAGGUAAGACCAAGGCAAAAACUGCUGGUAGCAGACAAAAUGAGAAGUUAUAUGCAGCAGAAGGCAUACUGAAUCCAAAGAUAAAGAGAGCAGAGAAGAAAAAAAGGAAAAAAGCCAACAAAACAACUGCCAUGGAGGAUGAUGACUACGAUUUCAAAGUGGAUUACAACAAGAAGGGAUCCACCAUGGAGGAUAGCGAGGGGAGUGACGCUGAUGGGGAGGCAUCGAUGGCUGGUGUUGAAUUUGAUUAGUCAUGGGAGUAGCCAUAACAUGGAAAAUUGGAUUCAGUUUUUGGAAGCUAUACGGUUGCCUAGGGUUAAUGUAAUUCACUUUCAAACCUUAAAAUUGUAAGAAACAUUUGUUGGCAUUGCCAUUUUUUGCAUUAUUCAAUCCUUCUUCAGUUUGAAAAUUAUGCCAUUUUGAGAUGUAAGGAUCAUGAUUACGAAGGUAGCACAUUUCAUGAGUAAUGUAAAGUGAAGGGUAAACAUGUUUUGGGAGAAAGCUUAUAAAUUUUGAGUUUAGUAUUAAAUGGUA